AUGGAUGAAAACGUAGGGGUCAACAGAACUGCAAAGAACACCCUGGCCAAGGCGCUGUACGACAACAACGCCGAGUGCUCGGAUGAGCUGGCCUUCCGCAAGGGAGACAUCCUGACCGUGCUGGACCAGCACAUCCUCGGCAGUGAGGGCUGGUGGAAGUGCUCCCUUCAUGGCAGGCAGGGCCUGGCCCCUGCCAACCGGCUCCAGCUGCUCUCUCCCACCAUUCUGCUGCCUCCUUCCACCCGGAGCGACCCCUCGGAGCUGCCAGCGGGCCAACAAAACAUCUACCAGGUUCCCUCCGGCCCCAAACCCACCGUGGUGUCGUCCACCUACGAGAAGAUGGAAGGGUGGGUCAAAUCCCCAACCAGGCUCUCUGCCACGCCUGCCCAAGCCAUAUAUCAGGUGCCAGCCUUGGCUGCGCAGCUGCUCAGUGAGAGGACCAAAAGCUCCAUACACCAGCAUCUGUUUACUCUCCCGAGGGCCUGCCGGGCGUCAACCCCAAAUAUCAGGAGUGAGGUGUACGACGUUCCCUCCACACAGCGCCGGGAGUCCCUGCUCACACGGAGCGGUGCCACUCCACCCACCACACGGAAGGGCUCCAUGCCAGUCAGACCCACCGAGAACUUCCAGGCAGAGCAGGAGCAGCUUUACAACAUCCCAUCCAGCCCAGAAAAGGCAGGAGCUGGGAUCCAGAAAGACUCACCAGCAGGCAACUUGUAUGAUGUCCCUCCCAAGAGAGAAACUGAUGCCUCAGAAAACAAAUCUCCGAAAAAGUGCUGGGGACAUUACAAUACUUUGCCAAACCCUCGGAAGUCAGAAUGGAUUUAUGAUAUUCCAGUAUCACCUGAAAAAUCAGGAUUAAAGCAGCACCCUUCUGGCCACUCCUUGGAGAACCAGGUGCUGUAUGAUAUCCCCCCAACCAGGUACAAGGUGCCAGCAACAAAUGCUGAAGCCAAAGUGGUAAAUCCACAAUUAUACAAUAUCCCACCGGCACAACGGAAAUUAACACUUCCAGAUAUCCCUCUUUAUGACGUUCCAUCCUCACGGGACGUGCUCCUUUUGGCACAGAGCAGUAGCUGUGAUGUACCCCCGAGUCUCCUGGCUCCAAAGGCUGAGAGUCAGCUCUCUGAAGGGAAUGUUUAUGAUAUUCCAAAAGGUUUGCCCACCCCUGGGCAACCCAAGAAAGAGAUGGAAAACAACAGUGACAGCUCUGGAGAACAAGCACAUGGUGCUUCUCCAAAGCUCUCCAGAGGUGCCAAAUUAGGACGAGACGUCUCAUCUGUUUCUAGUGUGGACAGCAGGAGCAGCACACUCUCCACAUCCUCCAACUCAUCUGCUGAGUUAUCUUCUACGUCCUCACCAUCAGAAGAGCCUGGCAAAGAAAUCAAAGUGGACCUUGAAGUAGCCAUAGAGACACUGACCAGGCUGCAGCACAGCGUGUCCAGCUCAGUUGCAAGUUUAAUGAUCUUUGUGAGCAGUAAGUGGCGACUGCAGGAGCACCUGGAGAAGAGCAUUGAGGAAAUCCACAGAGCCGUGGAUCACAUCAAGGUGUCACUGGGAGAAUUCCUGGCCUUUGCCCAAGCCAUAAAGGGAAAUGCCUCUCGCCUCACUGACAGCAACCUUCAGACCAGGAUUAAAAAGCAGUUAGAGAUCCUUGUGAACUCCUUCCAAAUUUUAACGGAGACAAGGGAAGCUCUAAACAACUGCAAGUGGUCACUUGAGGCCUUGGUCCUCAGGAGCCCCCAGAACAACCCAGACGACCUGGACCGCUUCGUCAUGGUGGCCCGCACGGUUCCCGACGACAUCAAGAGGUUUGUGUCCAUCAUCAUCGCCAACGGGAAGCUGCUCUUCAGAAAGAACGAGAGGGAACAAGAAAUAAAGCAGCCAAAAGGGAGCCCAGAAUACAAAAUGGCAAAACAAAUCCCAGUGCCAAGAAGAAUAGAGAUAGAGUCACUCCAGAGAAAUGUUCCUGACAAACCCAGCCAGAGCUGGGUGCCUUUGGAGAAACAGGAGGAAAAUGCCACUGAGGACUGUGAUUAUGUGCAGUUACAGGCACAGAAAAUCAUUUCAGGUAAAGAAGUAGCAAAGAAGAGCACAGAUUCAAAACCAAAGGCUUUGCCAACUGCCAAAAAGGCUGGAAUUCAGAGCAAGCAGGACUGUGCCAAGAAAAUCCCUCUGCCCGAGCACUGCAGGCUGUGUUUCGCUGCCCUGCACAAAGCCAUCGGGGUGUUCACCAACAGCCUGAACAACAACCAACCCCCCGAAGUGUUCAUCUCCCACAGCAAGCUGAUCAUCAUGGUGGGGCAGAAGCUGGUGGAUUCUCUGUGCCAGGAGACUCAGGAGAGGGAUGCCCGGAGUGACGUCCUCCACAGCAGCAGCCGGUUCUGCAGCCUCUUGAAGAACCUGGCUCUGGCCACCAAAAACGCUGCCAUAAAAUAUCCCAACGCGGACGCCACGCGGGAACUUCAGGAUCGGACCGAGGAACUGUCCAAGUACACGCAGCAGUUCAGAGCAAUGAUGGAAUGA